AUGGAUUUUAAUUCUAGAAAAAAGAAAAAAAAUAGCAAUGAUUUUUACAAUGAAAAUAUAAAUAUAUAUUUAGAAGAAAAUGAUAAUUAUAUACUUGAUCUAGAAAAAAAAGUCCAAAACUUAAAAUUAAUUGGUUCUAAUUUGAGAGAUGAAGUAAAGACUUCUAAUUCUUUACUUGAUAAUUUAUCUGAUAGGAUGGAUAACGUAAAUAAAAAAUUAACGGGAGUUUAUAAACGUGUUAAAAAUAUUUUAAAAACAAAGGGAAAUAAAUAUAUGGUUUACCUUAUUUUAUUCUUUUUAUUUCUACUAUUUUUUAUGCAUUAUCUCUACCGAAAAAAUAGAUAA